AUGAUAAACCAUUCUAAUCACCCAUUUCAUUUAGUAGAUUAUAGUCCUUGACCAUUAACAGGAGCUUUAGGAGCUUUUUGUUCAGUAACUGGAUUAGUUCAAUGAUUUCAUCAAUAUAGAUUAAAUUUAUUUAUAAUAGGAAAUAUUAUUACUUUAUUAACUAUAUAUCAAUGAUGACGUGAUAUUUCUCGAGAAGGGACCUUUCAAGGUUUACAUACAUAUGAUGUUGUUACUGGUCUUCGAUGGGGUAUAAUUUUAUUUAUUACAUCAGAAGUUUGUUUUUUUUUUUCAUUUUUUUGAACUUUUUUUCAUAGAAGAUUAUCUCCUACUAUUGAGUUAGGGGAAAUUUGGCCUCCUUUAAAUAUUCAAGCAUUUAAUCCUUUUCAGAUUCCUUUAUUAAAUACAGUAAUUUUAUUAACUUCUGGAAUUACAAUUACUUGAGCUCAUCAUAGAUUAAUAGAAAAUAAUAAACAACAAACUACUCAAGGUUUAUUUUUUACUAUUUUAUUAGGACUAUAUUUUUCUAUUCUUCAAGGUUAUGAAUAUAUAGAAGCAUCUUUUACAAUGUCUGAUUCAGUAUAUGGUUCAAUUUUUUUUUUAACUACAGGAUUUCAUGGAUUACAUGUAUUAAUUGGAACAAUAUUUUUAAUUAUUUGUUUAAUUCGUCAUUUAAAUAAUCAUUUCUCUAUAAAUCAUCAUUUUGGGUUUGAAGCUGCUGCAUGAUAUUGACAUUUUGUAGAUGUAGUAUGAUUAUUUGUUUAUAUUUCUAUUUAUUGAUGAGGUAAUU